UAGUAGCAUUGUAUCUAUAGAGAGAGUAUAGUAAAGUGUGUGUGAUGAAAUCAGAAAAAAUGGAUUGGGCGAUCCUAAGAGGAAGAGAGGGAUGUUAUGAGCAGUACUCUUCACUAUCUGAAUUCAUACAUGAUUUAGACGAAGAAGCCGAUUUGGCACAUGAGAUAUCAGUAUGGGGAUGUGUUUUGUAUGAGAAACAACAGCAACAGCAGCAAAUCUUAACUCUGAUGUUAAACUUUGCAGCCGAGUCUUGUUAUACGGACCGUCAUUACAUGAUGCAGUUUUGGGGAGUAGUGAAAGUGGAGGGCAGCCAUCAUUACCUCUCUUCCUCGCAUCACCCUUUUUGUUUUAAAAGACUCAUGAAGGGGAUUUGCUGGUACAGGAAGCUAUGUAGGGAUCAUGUCUACGUUGUCGACGUCGGUGAUGAGAAACUCGGAGGCGUAGGACGGGCAUACCGGAAUAAGCAUCCCGAAUCCACACCAGAUUUGAGGCUCUACUCUACCUAUGAAUUCCCCAUGCGCGAUGAUGCUGCAGGCUGCGGCUUCAGAUCUUACAUGGCACUGCCUCUGUUUGAUUGCAAUACCAAUGAAUACUAUGGUGUGUUGGAGCUCUUGCUUGAUCAUGAUCAUGUUAUAGGAAGUCUUCUAAUAUCCAAGCUGGAUCGAGCAUUACAGAGAGUAUGGUUGAGGUCAACUCACAAUUCCGUUUCUAUUAGUGACUUCAUAAAGGAAAAGCAACCUGAGAGAGAAAUGAGGGAGAUACUUGAAUUAGCAGUGGCGACAGUCCCACAACUAUAUCUGGCACUAGUUUGGGUUCCUUGCAACAAGCAGUGUGUUAACAUCGACACAAACUUAUGUUGCAUGGAAUUAGCAUCUUUCAUCACUUCUGAAAAUAAAGUGGUUAAUUCUUACCACAAUUUUUAUGGAGAUAUGUAUCAGUAUCUUGAUGCUUGUGCAUUUCACAAUCUACUUAUAGAUGUCAGGAGCUGCCAUUCAAAUUUAUGUGAUCAUUUCAAUAUAGCUAAGAAUCCAUUGGCGCACUAUGCUCAAAGGGCUAGGAUGUCCAAUCCUUUUGUUAUUUCUCAUCACAGCAAUAGAAACCACUUGUAUAUCAUUCAAUUUUUUCUUCAACCAAAACCAAAAUUCAGAGAAGUUGCAUACGGUGAAAAUCCUCUGGUGUUGCUGUUAGGGAUAGUGGAGAUGAAUCUCAAAAACUCUAAGUAUCUGUCGUGGGGACAAAAUGUAGAGAAAUCUGAAAUGCCUGAAUUACUUGAUGGUUUAAAAGAGACCAACUCCUAUAAGCAAAAGAUUUCGGAGUCCAACUUCACGACAUACUUGGAAACAGUUGACUUGCAUUGCCUACGACCCUCCUCAGCGGAUGGUGGCGAAGGAUGGGUUUUUUGCUUGCUAGCUGCAGAGAGAUUACUUGUACGCACACGGAUGAGGGAGAAGAUAGAAAAUUUUAUGAAGAACGUAGCAAUAAAACAUUGGGGGGAAGGCUAUUGGUUAGUACAGUUUUGGGCACCCAAAAUGGUGGAGAAUAGGUGUUAUCUAGAGACUUCAGACCAGCCUUAUGCUGUCGGCUGUCUAGCCAAAGGUUUGGCUUCAUUUAGGAAAAAAUGUACGACACAUUACUAUUUUGUGGACGAGCAAGCCGUAGAAGAGGAACUCGGACCCCCCGGACGUGUCUUCAGAAGCAAGCACCUUGAGAUCACCCCAGACCUCUUCCAUUACACUACAGAAGAAUUUCCAAUAAGAAAUUAUGCAAUGCAUUGUUGUAGUCACCGAGGAUAUUUUGUUUUGCCCAUAUUUGAUGAUGAACACAAUCACAAGUGUGUCGGUGUGCUUGAGUUCCUUGGAUUUCAUUAUCAUCAGCUUGAAGAUAUCAGAGAAGAACUAAAGGAUGCAAAACUGUGCUCGAUUCACACUGACUUGCACCCAAGCUUCUUAGAAAAUGAACUACUUGUCAAUUCUAUCAACUGCAGGAGAGAAGCACUGUCUGAAGUCAACAAUGCCCUUGAACGGAUCUGUGAUAGCAUUCCCCAACUUCAUAUGGCAAAUGUUUGGGUCCCUAAAGAAGAUUGUGAUAUUAGUACUAAUAUGAGUUGCAUGAAACUCGAAUUUUCUACUAAUGAAAUAUUGAACUCUAUGCAUACAGAUGAAGUUAAUUGGAUUCACGUGCAAUCCAAAAAAGGGAUUGUUGGGAUGGUAUUGGCAUCUGAAAACAAAUCCUGCUUUUGUCUAAAUUUAUAUGAAUUGAGCAUAGUUGAUCAGCCCCUAUCACACUUUGAAAUGAGUGAGAGAUAUGAUGUUUGUUUUGCAAUUUGUUUGCAAAGUUCACACACUGGUGAGCUUCCUUAUGUCGCAGAGUUCUUUCUCUACCCAGUUCCUGCAACAUAUGAAUAUCUUCGGUCCUUCUUGAACUUUCUACUGAAGAUGAUGAAGCAAGAACUCAAAUCAUUUAAGAUGGCAUGUGGGAAACAACUAGGAGAGGAAUUGGUGGUUGAAGUUAUCGAAUUUUCUGAUGCAAACAAACUUGAUUCAUCUGAUUCAGAGCACACAGAUGUGUUUCCGAUCAAAUUCAAAAGUGUGCAGUACAGUCAACAUAGUGAAGAACAACAUACAGAAGAACACAAUGUUGUUGAUUCCGAUUCCAAGAGAAAAGAGAAAGGAAAAAGGAAAAAAGAAGAACCUAGCAUUACUGCCUCAGAUUCCAAUAGAAAACAGAAAGGAAAACAAAAAAGAGAGGCUGCUUCAGAUGCCAAGACAAGAGAUAAAGGAGAAACGAAAACCGGUCUCAGUCUUAGCUAUGAGAUUCUCAAGCCACAUUUCGGGAAGAAGCUACAAGAUGUUGAGAAAGAGCUUGGUUGUAAGAGAUCAACAAUAAAGCGUACAUGCAGAAAAUAUGGCAUUAAAAGGUGGCCAAAUAAAAAAGAACACAUAAAAAAUCUAUCCCUCUUUGAAAGAGAAAGUGGGAGCGAGUCUACAAACACAGAAAGCACUCAUCCUCUCAUUGUUGAGAAGGAGACGGAGAAGGUGAUAAUAAAGGUGAAAGACAAAGAAGAUACAAUAAAAUUUGAGUUAUGUCUCUCCUUAGGAGUGGGUAAGCUUUUUGAAGAAGUGGCCAAAAAAUUUAAUUUGAAGGUGGGUGCUUUCAAGCUGAAAUAUAUGGAUGAAGAUGAGGACGAGAUCUUAUUAACAUGUGAUGAGGAUUUGCAGCUUUGUCCAAAGAGUCAGACAGCAACGGGCAAGACUUGUAUCCACUUUUACGUUCAAUUGAUUUCUAAAUAAGCUCCUCUGGAUUUUAUGAUGUGUGUGAAAUAAAUUAGCUUACGGCAUUUCUUCCCUUAUAUAUCUAUCAUGUGCUUGUUUGUGCUUUCUCUUUUUCUUGGAUUUCUGUUGUAAAUUGUAAGAGCUUCUUUUUCUGUAUGUAAACAUCCAAUUACACAUGUGUUCUGGUUAUUUGGGUUGCAACAGGAAAAUUAAGUUUAGUUUCUUGA